GCAGUUUUUAACAUUACACCGGCCGGGGUUUGCUAGCAAGCGCCUGCGCACGGCAGCUCCAUCCAGCAAGGGAACCUUGAAUUUCUUUGGGAUUCCUGAUCUGCAGUGCAGAGCAAAGCAGAGGAACGUGUUGCAGCUGCUGCUGGGUUUGCAGAAGCGACCCAAAAGGAUUUAAACGGCAGAGAGAGGAGGAAGAGGCAAACACGGUCGGACCACUUCACUCCUGCUUCUUAAGCAUACCUUAUUAUUAUUAUUCUUAUUAUUUUUUUUAAAAAAACUGCGCCGUUGAGUUCCAGCCUUUGCUUUGGGGGAACAGCACACACCACUAACUGCAUUAUGGGGAAACAGAAUAGCAAGCUGGCUCCUGAAGUGAUGGAGGAUCUGGUGAAGAGCACAGAGUUUAAUGAACAUGAACUCAAACAGUGGUACAAAGGAUUUCUAAAGGAUUGCCCUAGUGGGAGGCUGAAUCUAGAAGAGUUUCAGCAGCUUUAUGUCAAGUUUUUCCCAUAUGGAGAUGCUUCAAAGUUCGCCCAGCAUGCCUUCAGGACCUUUGAUAAGAACGGCGAUGGCACUAUCGACUUCAGAGAGUUCAUUUGUGCGCUGUCCAUCACCUCAAGGGGCAGUUUCGAACAGAAGCUAAAUUGGGCCUUCAAUAUGUAUGACUUAGAUGGAGAUGGGAAAAUCACAAGAGUGGAAAUGCUGGAAAUUAUAGAGGCCAUUUAUAAAAUGGUGGGUACUGUGAUAAUGAUGAAAAUGAACGAAGAUGGCCUCACACCAGAGCAACGAGUAGACAAGAUUUUCAGCAAGAUGGAUAAGAACAAAGACGACCAGAUCACACUGGAUGAAUUCAAAGAAGCUGCAAAGAGUGACCCUUCCAUUGUAUUACUCCUGCAAUGUGACAUUCAGAAAUGAGCUCAUGUAAAAAUGCUUUCAUGGACUGCACAGAAGUUUAAAUGUUCCAUUCAGUUUGCAGCUAUCUACGUACACACACACAAACACACAAACACACACACCCCAAACAGAAAUUGCUUGGACUACCUAUCAAUGGACUUGCUUCUUGUGUUUGAAACACUUGUGUGCAUGAGAAUGUCAAUUGCUAAAGAAUUUUAAAGUAUAUAUUAUAAAAACAAAACAAAAAACCUGCCACGAUGUGAUGUGUGCAAUGUCAUUUCAUAAGCCCUAUUCCUCGGAGGCCUGUGCAGUGGUGCCAUGCUGCACUGAACUAUACUAUUUAUUGUUCAUGUUUUACUGAUGCUAGCUAUGUGUCUCCUAAACUGGGUAAUGUUAGUAACACUGCAAUCCCCAUGGUAGCGUAACUGUCCAUUAGCAAACAUGUUACCGCAUCCUGCUGUAUAGUAAUACUGGACAGACAGAGGGAAAGCGCCUCAGUUCAUGAGUCUGAUCCAGACAUGUGCUUGUAUUGUCAGUGAAUAUAAAUGUAUUUCAUUUGCAUGACUUUUAGGUUUGCCUUAAUUCUUACCUCAUUUACAUCCUUUUGAUCAGAAAAAAAAGAGCUAAGUCAGAGGAAUGACGUAUAAAACAACACAUUUUAAAAAGCUAUCCCUGCUAAAGUGUUCCCUUAACUGAAAGUUAACAUAUUAAUAUAUCUAGUAUAAAAUAUACAUAAAAUACACAUUUAAAUAACGUUUUAUUGGAAGUUUAAAAUGUUUUGGUGGGAGUGUAUUGAUUUCUGCUUGAAAUUUUCAUAAGCUUCCAAAGAAGUUGAAAUCUAUGUCCCGAAAUAAAUUUAUAACAUUUGA